ACUUCUAGAAGAAAGGUAUCCGAGGAAGAAAGAGAGGGGUGUCUGCUUCAAGCCGUUUCCAGUCCCUCCAGACUCGAAGCCAGGUGGCUAUGGGAUGGAUGUGACCAAGAAAAACAAGCGCGAAGGCACUGAAGUCACUGAAAGACUUAUCACAGAAACAGUAACUACAAGACUCACAUCUUUACCACCGAAAGGGAGCACCAGCAAUGGAUACGCUAAGACAGGCUCUCUCGGUGGAGGAAGUCGGCUAGAGAAACAAAGUCUGACUCAUGGCAGCAGCGGCUACAUCAACUCAAGCGGGAGCAUCCGGGGCAACGCUUCCACCUCCAGCUACAGGAGAGCUCACUCGCCGGCCUCCACCCUGCCCAACUCUCCAGGCUCCACCUUUGAGAGGAAAACUCACAUGACCCGCCAUGGAACUUACGAAGGUAGCUCCAGCGGCAACUCCUCCCCUGAGUACCCACGGAAGGAACUCGCAUCUUCUGCAACCAGAGGACGAAGCCAAACGCGAGAGAGCGAAAUUCGGGUUCGACUGCAGAGUGCGUCACCAUCCACCAGAUGGACAGAGCUGGAUGAAGUCAAGCGUUUGCUUAAGGGGAGCCGAUCUGCAAGCGCAAGUCCCACCAGGAACACCUCCAACACGCUCCCCAUCCCCAAGAAAGGCACUGUAGAGACCAAAACGGUGACCGCGAGCUCCCACUCAGUAUCAGGAACCUAUGACGCGACAGUACUGGACACCAACCUCCCCUCCCACAUGUGGUCGUCCACCUUGCCCGCAGGGUCCUCCAUGGGGACCUAUCACAACAACAUGACAGCCCAGAGCUCCUCCCUCCUCAACACCAACGCCUACUCAACAGGAUCGGUCUUUGGAGUGCCGAAUAACAUGGCGUCGUGCUCCCCCACGCUGCUCCCCGGACUCAGCAGCUGCUCCUCAGUGUUUGGCAUGCAGAACAAUCUGGCCCCCAGCUCUUCUGUCCUAGCCCACGGCACAACCACCACUUCCACAGCAUAUGGUGUGAAGAAAAAUGUACCGCAGCCCCCCACUGUCACCAGCACCGGUGUGUCCACCUCCGCUACCUGCACCACCAGUGUCCAGAGUGAUGACCUCCUGCAUAAAGACUGCAAGUUCCUGAUUCUGGAGAAAGACAACGUACCUGCCAAGAAGGAGAUGGAGCUCUUGAUCAUGACCAAGGACAGUGGGAAGGUCUUCACUGCCUCCCCUGCCAGCAUCUCUUCAACUUCUUUUUCAGAGGACACCCUGAAAAAAGAAAAGCAGGCUGCAUAUGUGGCUGACACCUGCCUAAAGGCAGAUAUAAAUGGAGACCUAAAUGCUGCGUCCACAAAGAGCAAGGUCACCUCAGUAGAAAACCACAGCUAUGACCGAGGUGGCGGCGGUGGUGGAGGCAAAGGCGGCGGUGGAGGCGCCAUACAUGGUGGUGGUGGUGGUGGCGGCGGUGGCACCGGUGGCGGAGGAACAUGGGGGGCUGCGCCUGCCUGGUGCCCCUGCGGCUCCUGUUGCAGCUGGUGGAAGUGGCUGCUGGGCCUGCUGCUUACCUGGCUGCUGUUGCUGGGUCUGCUCUUCGGCCUCAUCGCUCUGGCGGAGGAGGUGAGGAAGCUCAAAGCCCGGGUGGACGAGCUGGAGAAGAUCAGGGUGCAACAUUCUGAAGACAAGGUGGAGAGAAGUAGCAAGGACCGCCUUCUGAGUGAGGCGCCCAGCCUGGGACCUGGAGGAGGCAAAGCUGAGCUGGAUGGCCGUAGCCAGGAGGUGAUCUGGCUCUUCGUGAGGGACAAGCUGAUGAAAGAACAGGAAAACGGAAAUCUCAGAGGAAACCCUGGUCCAAAAGGUGACGUGGGAAGUCAAGGCCCUAAAGGAGACCGAGGCCUCCCUGGAUUGCCAGGUAUUUCUGGGCCCCUAGGCCACCCAGGCCCAGAAGGACCAAAGGGACAAAAGGGCAGCAUUGGAGAUCCUGGCAUGGAAGGACCCAUAGGCCAGAGAGGACUAGAAGGCCCCAUGGGACCUCGUGGUGAACCUGGGCCUCCUGGGUCUGGAGAGAAAGGGGACCGAGGGAUUGCUGGAGAACAAGGCCCUCGGGGCCUUCCGGGUGUCCCAGGUUCUGUGGGUCCCAGAGGUCCCAGUGGCUCUCCUGGUCCCCAGGGACCCCCAGGCUCUGUGGGUCCCCAAGGACUCCGAGGUGAAGUGGGACUCCCUGGUGUCAAAGGUGACAAAGGACUUAUGGGACCACCAGGCACCAAAGGUGACCAGGGUGAGAAAGGACCCAGAGGCCUCACAGGGGAACCUGGCAUGCGAGGUUUGCCUGGAGCCGUGGGUGAGCCCGGAGCCAAAGGCGCAAUGGGUCCUUCUGGCCCUGAUGGACAGCAAGGCCCCAGAGGUGAGCAAGGCCUAACAGGGAUGCCUGGAACCCGAGGCCCACCAGGACCCUCUGGAGAUCCAGGAAAGCCAGGUCUCACAGGACCACAAGGACCUCAGGGACUUCCUGGUAGCCCUGGCCGACCGGGGACUAAAGGUGAACCUGGUGCUCCGGGCAGAGUCAUGACUGCAGAGGGGUCAUCAACAAUCACUGUCCCUGGACCUCCCGGACCUCCCGGUGCCAUGGGACCCCCUGGACCUCCAGGGACUCCAGGUCCCGCUGGCCCUGCUGGUCUCCCAGGACAACAAGGCCCACGAGGGGAGCCAGGACUUGCUGGUGACUCAUUCAUAAGCAGUGGUAGCUCCAUCUCCGAGGUCCUCUCUGCCCAAGGUGUUGACUUACGGGGUCCCCCUGGUCCACCUGGCCCACGAGGGCCACCAGGGCCUUCCAUCCCAGGCCCACCAGGACCCAGAGGCCCUCCAGGGGAAGGUGUGCCAGGACCACCAGGACCACCAGGAUCUUUCCUGGCUGACUCAGAAACCCUCUUCUCUGGCCGUCCGGGUCCACCUGGCCCUCCGGGUCCCAAGGGAGACCAAGGUGAUCCUGGUGUCCCAGGUACUCCUGGCAUCCCUGGUGGUCACUCUUAUGGUGGAUCAUCCAGCACUACGUACAUGCAGGGCCCGCCUGGGCCUCCUGGGCCCCCUGGGCCUCCAGGCUCCCUCAGUAGCUCUGGCCAGGACAUCCAGCACUACAUCGCGGAGUACAUGCAGAGUGACAGCAUCAGGUCUUAUCUCUCUGGAGUUCAGGGUCCUCCAGGCCCACCAGGUCCUCCAGGGCCUGCCAUCACCAUCACAGGAGAGACUUUCGACUACUCCCAGCUGGCAAGCCAGGUGGUGAGCUACUUGCGGACGUCUGGCUACGGAGUCAGCUUGUCCUCUGCCUCUUCCGAAGAGAUCCUGGCCAUGCUGCGACGGAAUGAUGUGUGGCAGUUCCUACGGCAGCACCUGGCGGGCCCCCCGGGUCCCCCAGGGCCACCAGGAGUCGGUGGAGAUGGGUCCCUCCUGUCCUUGGACUAUGGAGAACUUAGCAGACACAUUCUCAACUAUAUGUCAAGUUCUGGAAUCAGUUUUGGGCAUCCUGGCCCACCAGGCCCCCCUGGCCUGCCAGGAACAUCCUAUGAGGAGCUACUCACCAUGCUCCGAGGGUCUGAUUAUAGGGACAUCGUUGGGCCUCCAGGACCACCCGGGCCACCAGGGUUGCCAGGCAGCGCGUGGUCCAGCAUCAGCGUGGAGGACCUCUCAUCCUACUUGCACACUGCUGGCUUGUCCUCCAUCGCAGGCCCUCCAGGCCCUCCUGGACCCCCAGGUCCUCGAGGGCCCCCAGGUGUCUCAGCAGCUCUGGCUACCUAUGCAGCUGAAAACAGCGACAACUUCCGCAGCGAGCUGAUUAACUACCUCACAAGUCCUGAUGUCCGUAGCUUCAUCGUUGGCCCUCCAGGCCCUCCAGGGCCCCAGGGACCACCUGGCAAUGGUCACUUAAGAGAGAACUACAGCUGGGGUAGCAGCUCCUCUGCCAGACGAGGCACUUCCUACAGCUCUUCCACAGGAAUAGGGGGAGCCAAUGGAGGCUCCCUGGGUGAGGGUGGAGCCUUUGGUGCAGGAGAUGGGGGUCCCUAUGGUACCGAUAUCGGCCCAGGCGGAGGUUAUGGGGCAGCUGCAGGUGCCAUAUAUGGCACCAAUAGCGAUUCGUUCCGGGAUGGCUUCACUGGAGACCUGGAUUAUAACAAGCUGGCAGUGCGGGUGUCUGAGAGCAUGCAGCGUCAAGGCCUGCUACAAGGGAUGGCCUACACUGUCCAGGGCCCACCAGGCGUGCCUGGGCCCCAGGGCCCUCCUGGCAUCAGCAAGGUCUUCUCUGCCUACAGCAAUGUGACACAGGACCUCAUGGACUUCUUCCGGACUUACGGAGCUAUUCCAGGCCCACCUGGGCAAAAGGGAGAGGCGGGCGCCCCAGGACCCAAAGGUGACAGGGGCCUUGCUGGACAACGAGGUCCUCCUGGGCCACCUGGCCCUCGAGGGCAAAAAGGAGAGAAAGGAGACAAGGGAGACCAAGUGUACACUGGGAGGAGGAGGAGAAGUAUUGCCGUCAAGCCAUAAGUUGCACUUGGCCGAACCACCGAGUUCUUGGACCAGUUCUUGAAAUAUUCUUGGGUGUCUGUGUCCAAGUAUCCCCUGUGGGUGAAAACUGGAUCUGGUUCACAUCUUGUUGAGACCAAGUCACCUAGCAACGCUUGUUCUAGUUGGAACAAAAUAUAUGCAUACAGAAAGUUCAAAGACACACAGUUGGAAACAGCUUCAUUGAUUGGGUGGGCCUUCAGAAUAGCUGCGAAAUUUAAUAUGAGAUUUAACCUCUCUGCUAUACAGAUCUGAGCUCCCUGGCUUCUUAACUCAGGCCUAAACCUCAGAAGCCAGGUACAUAAAUGUUGGGUGGGGAGUCUUGGCGCUUUGCCUAAAAAAUGAGCCCAGAAAAAUGGAAAACGGGAAUGGGGGCCUUGGCUGGGGUGACACUUGAUUGUUUCUGGUCACUGUUACCAAGGCUGUGCUUUCAGUUCCUUCCCUGCUCACUGUGCACCCUCCAGAAGUUCCCCUCCUUCAAGGAUAGUUAUCACAGCAGAGAUGCCAACCACCUCCCACUGGAGCUAUGGCCUGUGGCCCUGUGCAUGCCGUAAGUCACAGUAUGA